GCUCGAUGUGAAUUUGCCGCCACUUUAGAAGAAAGGCUGAGGGAUCAGCUCGUGUGGGGCAUAAAUACUGAGCAGCUCCAAAAACGCCUCCUGGCAGUCUCCAAUUUAACAUGGGUGAAAGCAUUAGAGAUGUGCUUAGCUUUUGAAACGGCGGAGAAGGGGGCUUUAGCCUUACAGUCCCCAAAAGACAUAAACAAAGUGGCACCACGUUACCAGUCCAGCAAGGCUAUGAGGGGGCCUAGCACCAAAAUUGCGUCAUCUCAGUCACUGCGCUGCUACAGGUGUGGUGAGGCCCACAGGCCUGAGAGCUGCCGAUUUAAAGAUGUAGAGUGCCACUACUGCGGUAAGAAGGGCCACAUUGCCCGCUGGUGCCGGAAAAAGGAACGCGACAGUCAGAGCCCCAUGCCUGGCCAGGCUGGGGCCAAUGCAAUCACCGAACACCCAAAUGUGCAGGCUGACAGUGGGGAAGAAGAUAUUGCACAUGUCCUGGCAGUGACAGAGAAAGCACCCAGCCAAAUUAUCAUGCAAUUAAACAUCAAUGGCACGGAGACACGUUUUGAGGUUGACACUGGGGCGUCCCGAACUGUCAUGUCAGAAAGGACAUUUUCACGGCUACAUGCCCACACCCCCUCACUGGCUUUGGAACCAUGUAACAUUUCUCUCAGAUCAUACACCGGCCAGCACAUCCAAUUGAAGGGGGCUACUGAAGUUACAGUGUCUUACAAAGGGAGCUCCUAUCACCUUAAUGCACUUGUGGUGUCGGGAGAGGGCUCCAAUCUGCUGGGGCGUGACUGGAUCAAAACCCUGCCCUUAGACUGGCCUGCGCUGCUAGAUGGGCUCCAUCUGGUGUCUGAUUGCUCCCUAGCAGGGGUUCUCGAAGACCACAAGUCAGUGUUUAACGAUGAGCUAGGGGAGUUAAAAGGCACAAAAGUAACCAUCAAUGUGGACGAUACUGUACCCCCACGGUUCUGCAAAGCGCGCCCUGUUCCACUGGCCUUACAAAAGAAAGUCGAAACAGAGUUGACACGGCUGGUGGACUCAGGAAUUCUCCAACCGGUGACUUACUCAGAGUGGGCUGCCCCAAUUGUGCCAGUUCAAAAGGGAGAUGGUUCCAUCCGCAUCUGUGGUGACUAUAAGCUGACGGUGAAUGUAGCAUCUCGAGUGGAGCACUACCCACUCCCACGGAUCGACGAGCUAUUUGCAAAGCUGGCUGGAGGUGUCUGCUUCUCCAAGUUAGAUAUGUCCCAUGCCUACCAGCAGCUGGUGUUAGCAGAAGACUCCCGAAAACUGGUGACAAUCAAUACCCACCGCGGCUUGUUCCAAUACACGCGCCUUCCAUUUGGCGUGUCAUCUGCGUGUGCCAUUUUUCAGAGGGCAAUGGAAGGCUUGCUGGCAGGAAUAGACCAUGUCGCUGUCUACUUAGACGACAUACUCUUGACGGGCGUUAACCAGGCCCAACACCUGCGCACCCUGAAGCUAGUGCUGUCCCGGCUGGAAGAAGCUGGGCUUCGUCUAAAACGGUCCAAGUGCGUCUUCAUGGCCCCCGAGGUGGAGUAUCUGGGCCAUAGGAUUUCAUCGAGAGGGCUACAGCCCCUGGAAAAGAAGGUGCAGGCAAUCAAGGAUGCCCCGAAGCCACAGAAUGUCAGUGAGCUCCGAGCGUACCUGGGCAUGCUCAACUAUUAUGGGCGCUUCCUUCCAGACUUGGCCUCGGUGCUCGCUCCUCUGCAUGCCUUGCUCCGGGCAGGAGCGAAAUGGGAGUGGAUUGCUGCACAUGACAAAGCGUUCAAGAAGUCAAAGGCCAUGCUAACGUCAGAGGCGCUGCUGGCUCACUACAACCCUGCACUACCGUUGGUGAUUGCUGCUGACGCUUCACCCUUUGGCCUUGCCCUGGCGGUGCUGUCGCACAAGUACCAAGAUGGAUCUGAACGGCCAGUGUGCUUCGCCUCCCGAGCCCUGGCCCCAGCCGAAAGGAAGUAUGCACAAGUGGAAAAGGAGGCUUUGGCCGUGACCUACGCUGUUAAGAAAUUCCACCAGUUCGUCUAUGGGCACAAAUUUACAAUCCAAACAGAUCACAAGCCCCUCCUCGGGUUGCUCGGGGAGCUGAAAAACAUACAGCCCACAGCCUCAGCACGCCUGCAAAGGUGGGCACUUCUCCUUAUGCAAUACCAAUACACCCUGACCUACAGACCAGGGGCGCUGAUCGCGCAUGCAGACGGUUUGAGUAGGUUGCCAUUGCCCCACAAUGCACCUGACCCCCCGGCUCCGCCAGAGCUUGUGUGUCUGAUGCAGCAGCUUCAGACAGCGCCCAUCACCAGUCGACAGUUAAAGGAAUGGACCCGACGGGAUCCUCUGUUGGCCCGGGUAUGCCACUUUGUGGCGGCAGGUUGGCCUAAGACGUGCCCGACCAGUGAGCUGCUGCCAUAUUUCAAGCGCCGUUCUGAGCUCACCGUUGAAGACGGAGUACUGUUAUGGGGGCUCCGGGUCAUAAUUCCUCCCCGGGGACGGCAAUCCCUCAAGGAAGAGCUGCAUGAGGCUCACCCCGGGGCAUCACGGAUGAAAACUGUAGCACGGGCGUACAUGUGGUGGCCGGGGCUGGACGCGGCCCUAGAAGAGCUAGCGCAAUCCUGCAUUGCUUGCAAAGAAAUCAGGAACGCUCCCCCGGCGGCACCCAUGUGUCCGUGGGAGUGGCCUGGGAAGCCUUGGACACGCCUACACAUUGAUUACGCUGGCCCCUUUUUAGGUGAAAUGUUCCUGGUGCUAGUUGACUCCCACUCUAAGUGGUUGGAAGUGUUUCCGGUGAGCGAGUUGACUUCGACCUCUACCGUGGACCAUCUGCGUGAUGUGUUCAGCACACAUGGCCUCCCACACACUGUUGUGUCAGAUAACGGCUCCGUGUUCACCAGCUCAGAAUUCGAGGAGUUUCUAAAGGUGAAUGGCGUUCGCCACCUGACCUCCGCGCCCUACCACCCGUCCUCAAACGGGCUGGUGGAGAGGGCAGUCCAAACUGUCAAGAAAUCAUUGAAGAAAAUGGCAGGGGGGACACUUAGGGCGAGGCUUGCAAGAUUCUUGGCGACAUAUCGGUUCACUCCACAUGCCACCACUGGGCAGUCUCCAGCAGAGAUGCUGUUCGGUCGGCGGGUGCGCACCAGAUGGGACCUGCUGCGGCCAGACAUUCAAUCAAAGGUCCUCCGUGGUCAGGAGACGAUGGUGGCCAACUCCAAAAGAAAUGCAGUCAUUCGAGACCUACCACUCAGGGCCGCUGUGUGGGUCAGAGACUUUUCUGGUCGGGAAAAGUGGCUGCCAGGCACAGUGAUCGACAAGACGGGGCCCCUGUCUUACAGAGUUGAGGUAGCAGGGAAUGUGUGGCGUAGGCAUGUCGACCACCUGCUAAGCAGAAACGCCUCUCCUCAAGCCAGACAGGACUGGGAGCCAGAGAGCAGUGACCAGCCCGAUCCUGCUCCUCCAGAGGACUCGGCUGUGGAGCUCUCCGACGCUGACGAGGUUCCUGAUCCAGAGUCGGCAGAAGCUGACGACGCUGAGCCUGCUGUUGUGCCCCGGAGAUCUUCUAGACUGAGGAAAGUACCUUCUCGUUUAAAUUUGUAAUUGUAGUCAGGGCGGAGGGCCUCAAGAAGGGGGCAUAAUAAUCCCCCGGCCUGUCCGCGAGAGUGUGGGCAGUCUACCCCUCACUCUCAGUUAGUUCAUGUUCUCCUGUUCCGUUAUUUAGUAGUUAUAACUAAAUUUUACCAAAGGAAAAAAAAAGGGACUUUGGGGUUCCUUGUCUGGACUAUGGGGGGAGGGAUGUUGUAACUGGGGAUUAUUUUGGGGGCUUCUCUCCCUUGCAUGAAUGUGUGUGUGUGUCUAUUGGGCG